AUGCAAUAUCCACCGAAUUCUCUCGACACAACAGAGCGAUUUCUCUGCCUGAAUGGAGAACACCGAAUUUGUAUAAAACACGAUCUUUCUCUCAAAUUUUCUUUUUGUUUUUUUUUUCUCCUCUCUAUCUACCUUAAACUCUCUCGCACACUCAACUCCUCUGUCAAUCUAUUUCGAUCACAACCUCUUUCUCUCUCUCUCUCUCUCACUCAUUUUCUCUCUGUAACUCUCUCUUUUGCCAUAUCUUUCUAUAUCAACUUCUCUCUUUUUCAACCUCUUUCUCUCUUAACUUCUCUCUCUCUCUCUCUCUCUCUCUUUCGACCUCUCAAAUUCUUUCUCUAUCAACCUUUUUCUUCAGAAACUCUUUCUCUCUCUUUCCCUUUCUCUAAAAAUCAUUUUCUCUCUGUAACUCUCGCUUUUAGCAUUUAUAUCUACAUCAACUUCUCUCUUUCUCAACUUCUUUCUCCCUUAACUUCCCUCUCUCUCCUCUCCAGACGAAUUAACCAUUAA